AUGACAACAUAUAUCGAUUUGUCUUCUCCAGAGGAGCUGUACCUUGACCUCAUCAACCAAGUUUCAAACUUGAAGAAGAAGCGUUCAGUUGAAUUCAACGCAACCGAGUAUCAACGUCUGUUGGGCGAGCAACGUGCACCUGAAUUCCUCUCCAGAUUGAUUAGCUCAGAGUCAGAGUUCUUGCUCAAGGAGUCUGACAAAGAUAUCGAGUCCUUCUUCAAUGUCAUCUUGACGGCUUUGCAUAAGUUGGAGAGCGAUGCGAUCAACAUCAUUGCACAGAAGAUCAGAGACUGUUUGUCUGCUUCGCCAAACGAGAAGAGCAACCUAAAGAUUAAGCUGUUGACCAAUCUCUUCAACUCAUUCUCACCAAAGUCAUCGCAGCGAUAUGAGAUCUUCUUUGUACUAUUUAAACUGGCAAGCGACUCUGGCAAUCUAGAGUUUGUCAAGCAGCAAACAACCAACCUGGACACCUGGUUGGAUGAUUGGUCCGCCACCACAGCACAUAGAAGGAAGAUAUAUAAACUGAUUUCAACCAUUUUCAAGGAGAAGAAUGGAAUGCUCUCACAUAGGUAUUUGGUUAAAUACUUGAAUACCUUUAACAAAGAGGACUCUGCUGAGGCACAGGAGGACUCUGUUCGCGCAUGUAUCGAGUCGAUCUCAUUGCAGGAGCUAUAUCAAUCCGACUAUUUAUUGGACUUGGAGGCAAUCAGAUUCUUGGAGACAUCGGCCAACCCCAAGCACAAUCUCACCUACGAACUCAUGAAGAUCUUUGCCACCGAGCAGCUGGGAAGCUUCGUCCAGUUCCAGACCAGGAACCCAAACUUCUUGACCGACAUUGGUCUCAAGCCAGAUGAGUGCAUGCAAAAGAUCCGUCUCUUGUCCAUCGCCACACUGACCAGCGAGGAUGCAACCGUUCCCUACUCUGCGAUCGCCAAGUCACUCGCAAUCGACGAAAAUGACGUCGAGACUUGGGUCAUUGAUGCUAUCGCAAACGAGCUGAUCGAUGCCAAGCUCGAUCAACUCAACCGUCUCGUUCACGUCAACUCCUCCACUCAGCGUGUCUUUAACAAGGCUCAAUGGACUCAGCUUGGUCUUAGGGUUGAUGCAUGGAGGACAAAUAUCAAGAACCUUCUCCAAGUGAUCGAAACAGCCAAGACCACCCAAAUCAAGCCAUUCUAUUGGCAAUCACGUUAA